UUCCGCCUGGCUUCCUUCUCCCCUCCCUCGUUUCACCUCCUCCCUCCUCCCUCGCGCCCAACGCCUGCGCCGGCGGCCCGUGCUCCCCCACGACGGCCGGAAUUACGCGCGCCGGACGGAUGAGCUCCACGGCCGCGGGGGACGUCCUCCCGGCGCUGCCGCCGAUCAGGACCGCGGCGUCGCAGGCGCCGGCACAGCCCGCCUGCUCUUCGGCGGCCUCGUCGUCCACGGUGCCGGCGCCGGACGCCGAGUCGGUCGCCUUUCCCGCGCCGCGGCUGGUGGGGGCGGCGGGGGACCAAGACCAGGCGCUGGAGCCCUCGACGCCGACGUCGGAGGCGACCAGGCUGCCGGCGCCGGGCGCGGAGGCGGCGCCCUCGCCCGCGGCGGGAGGCCAGGAUCAGGCGGCGGCGGAGCCCACGACGCCGACGCCGGAGGGGAGCAGGCCGCGGGCGCCGGGCGCGGACUCGGCGGCCUCGCCAGCGUCGGGAGGACAGGAUCAGGCGGCGGCGGAGCCCACGACGCCGACGUCGGAGGGGAGCAGGCUGCGGGCGCCGGCCGAGUGCCCGCCGGCGCCGCGGAAGCCCUCGUGGGCGCCGCCGGCUACGCCGCCCGCCGCCAUGCGCAAGUUCCCGUCGUCCGCGGCGCCGUCGGCGCGCCGGGCCUUCUUCCCCGUCGCGCGCGACCUCACCACCGUGUUCCGGGCCCUGCCGCCCAAGAAGCGUAUCCGGGCGGGGUGACGCCCGGCCGGCUGCCAUGCCGGGGGACCGGCGAUCCGCUCCGCCGCAGCUCAAUUGGGUCGCCAAUUACGGGCUCGACGGUGCCGCGGUCGUCGGAUGGUACCCGUGGGUCCUUGGAGUUCUUGCACGCCGUGGCUGGCUUUUCUCCUCGCCCUCUUCUUCUUCUGUUCUUGGUUUGCACGGCCAUGGCAUGGUACAAAGCUCUCGUACAAAUAAUGCUUUGGUUUAUUAUUUUUUCCUCUGUUUUUUUCUUAUGGGGGUUGUGUGGAGUAGAAACUGUAGAGUUGGGAUAUUUAUAGGGAUCAUGAAUGGGAAAGUGGAGAGUUUGUAAGAGAAUUCCCAGAUAUCUGUUCAUUAUUUAUCAAAAUAUAGCUCAAACCUUAUCAAAA